AUGGGCAAAAGCAAAGCAAGAGAUACUGGUCAGUAUCCUCAGAAAAGGCGCUCUCCCAGGUUCCUAGACAAACACGAUGCGACCGGAGCGAAAGCGAGCAAGCCAAAUGUCCCUCAAAGUACUCACUCUAAGUCAGCUUCGGGACCCAAGGCAUCACCUGAGGUCCAAGGAUCGACAGAGGAUAAGCUUGACGCUAGUUCAGCUGCUGAACCGACAGUGUCACCAGAGAUCCAGACAUCGACCAAAACCAAAACCAAAAUUGACACUAGCUCAGCUUCUGAGCCUAGAGCAUCGCCAGGGGCCCAGACAUCAACAAAAACCCAGAUAGACAGUAGCCCGGAUUGUGAACUUAAUGCAUCACCUAAUGUUAGAGCCUUUACAGAGGUUGAGCAACCUGACGUGGCUCAUGAUGGACAUGGGUUGCCGAAGUUACCAGAUGAAAGACGCUCUGGACAACCCAUUGUUUGGAAACGUCCAAAAUCUUUAACCCAUCAGGGUGAAUGGCAUGAAGACUCUAAGACUACGAAGGAUUUAUUUCAUGCUCUGGGUAUGGCUGCUUCAAAUUGGAUAGGCAUUUACUGCUACAGAGAAGCAAAGCUUAGGGAUGUAUUGUCUACAGACGACCUGCAGAUAAUUCUGGACAGCCUUGGUGACUUUUGUCUGUACAAGGACUGGAAAUCAAUUGAGGCGAGACUUGGCACGUCUGGCCGUCAUAACUUCUGGUUUCGGCUGCCGGAAGCGGUAUUAAUGAAGCACCUGUUUGAGAAUGUGAUCGUUAAUCCUUUUGUCUAUAUUGAGGGCAGUAGAGAGAACACUGGUGGUCAAUCAAGCAUGGAGCCACCAUUAUUUGGGCAGGAACUUUGGGGACUUUGGAAAAAGCUAGCCAAAGUUGACCCAGUCAGAGCAUCCGACUGGCGGAAAACGACAACCCAGCUCCUGAACCAAGUCCACCCCAAACAUACAAAUGACUGGGUGGUUGCAUACCGAACUGGCGAGGCGCAGGAUUCGCUCGCUCGUCGACUCGCUACAGAUGAUGUUGCGCGACGAUACGAAAGGCUCGUCGAAGUCUACCGGUCUGCAAUUGAAAUUUCCGUUUACCUGGGGACUCUAGACACAGAAUUUGAGUUUGAGCUUGAUGUGAGGCGGUGUGGGCCCUUGUUGCAUCGCAGAGCGAGAGUCCGGAAACGAGGGUUUUCCGAUGAAAUCUAUCCUGACGAAUGGCCUGGCCCAGUGCUACUGAGCCUUCCUCUUGUCUCAGGUCGCUAUCUGGUGACCUCGGACGAUAUCGAUGAGUUGAAGCAACUCCGAGGUGAAAUCCGAUAUUCUCAUAGGAAUGACAGUGAAGAGGAUUUACAACAGCGACUGGAUAAAAAGGUUCCCAAGGCUGAGGAGGGCGACACCAUUCUCUAUCCAGCGAUUUAUUUUGCCCACAUUGUAUUUGCUGCAGACGGACCUCGGGCUUGCCCGUGCGGUGGCCGGUUUAUCUGUCAAAACGCCUGUGAGAAGGACCCUUCGUUUGGGGAUGAUGAUGAUGAUGAUGAUGAUGAUGAUGAUGAUGAUCAUGAUCAUGAUGGCAGCGAUUCAAACUCCAAGGUGGACGAGUGA